AUGUCUUUUGGUUUAACUUAUUCACAUUAUAAUAGACUACUGCCAGUUUCUUUACAAAAUGUUUCAGCUGAAGCUUAUGUUGUUGAUAUGAUAGCUGAAGUAAAGAUCACUCAAACAUACAAGAACGUUGAAACAGAUGUAAUUAAAGCCACUUAUAAAUUUCCAAUUAAUGAAUCUGCGGCUGUUUGUGUUUUUGAAGCGGAAAUUGAUGGUAAAAAAGUUCAGGGUGUCGUUAAAGAAGCACAGGAAGCUAUAAUAGAAUAUAAUGAUAUGAAUGAAAAAGGUCACGGUGCUUACUUAUUGGAAGAACGUCAUGCUGAUAUUUUUGAAUGUUCUAUUGGAAGUAUUUUACCGGGACAAAUAGUUAUUAUAAAAUUUUCAUAUGUAGUGGAACUUAAACAUGAUGAAGAAACGGAAAAAAACCGUUUCGUAUUACCUACAGCCAUAGCACCAAAAUAUGGUAUUGAUCGUAAUAUACAUAAUCAAGAAUUUGUUGGAUUUGGAGUUUCUUCUUUUGUAAAACCUGAAUUAUCAUUAUUAAUUGAAUGUAAAAUGACAUCAGUAAUAACUAAUAUUGAAUCACCUUCACAUUUUAUUUCUUGUGAAAUAAAUAUUAAUGGAAAUCCUAAAAUUUCAAGGAUUACACUGGGAGAACAAAUAAAUUAUUUGGAUAAAGAUUUCGUAAUGAUUAUAAAAAGUUUAGGUCUUGAUCAACCAAGAGCUUUUAUUGAACAUGAUCCAGAAAAAGAUACAAAAUGUCUUAUGUUAACUUUAGUUCCUAAAUUUGCAGUAAAUCCAGUAUUAACAGAAUUGAUUUUUAUAGUAGAUAGAUCGGAAUCAAUGAAUGGAUCAUCGAUAAAAAAAGCAUCAUCAGCACUUGAAUUAUUAUUACGAUCUCUUCCAGAAGAUUGUUAUUUUAAUAUCGUUUCGUUCGGAGAACGUUUUGAUCCUCUUUUUAAACAAAGUGAACCAAAUUCUCCUUCAUCAUUAUCAACAGCUCUUUUACUUGUUCGUACUAUGAUGGAAAAUUAUGGUGGAAAAGAAAUUUAUCAAGUAUUAAAAUGGGUUUUUGAAAAUAAAAGGACAAAUAUUCCAACUGCUGUUUUUCUUAUAACAGAUGGAAAUGUUUGGAAUGUAGGAGAAAUUUCAGAAUUGGUCAAGAAUAAUGUUAAGAAAUAUGAAGAUGAUUUACGUUUAUUUGUUUUGGGAAUUGGUAGUAAUGUUUCAACAAAUUUGGUGGAAUCUUUAGCUCGUGCUGGUAAAGGUUAUGCACAAUUUGUUACCGAUACUGAAAAGAUGGAUAAAAAAUUAUUGGGAAUGUUAAAAAAUGGGACUAAAUCUCCAAUUAAAGAUUAUCAAAUUAAUUGGAGUGAUGAUGUUAACGUUAUAGAUGAUUCUUCUGAAGAUUCUUCUGAAGAUUCUGAUACAAAAAUUAAAGAUAAACCAAUUAUCAGCUUUUUUAAUGAUGAUGAAAUAUCUUCAUCUGAACAAUCUUUAAAUUAUGAUUUUGUCGAUAAUAUAGUUGUCCGUCAAGCUCCUUACGAAAUUCCUCAAAUUUAUUCUGGGGUUAGAUUUAUUAUUUAUUGUAUGAUGCCUAAAGAUUUUACUGCUAAAAAGAGUAUUUUAUUAUCCGCAAUGUCACAAAAUGGACCUAUGAAACUUGAAAUACCUGUUGACCCAAUUGUAUUAAAAGGAUCAAAAAUUCAUACUUUAGCUGCACGAAAACUUAUUCAAACCCUAGAAGAUGGUACUUCUUAUAUACAUAAUCAUCCAAAAUUUCGUGGUAAACCAGUCCCUGCUUCUAUUAUAAGAAAACAAAUUGUCACAUUAGGUAAAACUUUUAAUCUUGUUUCGAAAUACACAAGUUUUAUAGCAGUUGAUGAACGUAAUAAAGCGAACGAAGAAAAAGAAAAUAUUGACAAAGUUAUUUUAUUUAAGAAGAUAGGACCAAAUCAAUGGAUUACUAAACAAUCCGAAGCUACUACCCAAUUUGGAGCGACUACACAAGCAUAUCCAUCACUGUUUAGGCCAGCAACAACACAGAUGCCAGUGUUUGGUUUUGGAGCGGCUGUUACGCAAGCAUCUGCAUUUGGAAGAUUUGGAGCUACUACAACACAAGCUUUACCAUCUGGGACAAUAGGUUUUGGAGCUGCUAUACAGUCGUCUACAGUUGGAGGGUUUGGCUUUGGAACGCCUAUAACGCAAGCUUCACCAUUUGGAGUAACAACACAGGUAUUUGGUCUUGGAACGGCCACUACAAAAUCAUCUGCAAUUGGAGGGUUUGGUUUUGGAACACCUAUAACACAAGUUUUACCCUUCGGAACAGUAGCACCAGCAUUUGGUUUUGGAGCCACGGCUACAACACAAGCUUUACCAUCUGGACCGGUUGCGCCAGCAUUUGGUUUUGGAGCAGCUACUAUAUCAUCUGGAGGGUUGGCAUCUGGAGGAUUUGGAGUACAGCCAUCAGGAUUUGGUUUCAAAGCAAAUACACCAUCCGGGGGGUUUGGAGUAUCACCAUCACAGCCAUCAGGACUUGGCUUUGGUGUGGCUGCAACACAAUUACCAAGCUUUAGCUCUAUAAAUCAAUCAUGGUUUGGUAAUAGACAAUCACCUGUAUAUGGGGGUUUUCAAACUCAACCAACAUUUGAUGGAAUUAAUGGUAUCCCAAAUCAACCAGUAUUUGGAGGAAUAAAUUCUGUGCACCCACAACCUUCUUAUGCUUUUGCACAAUCACAACCAGUUUAUGGAGGAUUUGGGUUUGCGCAAACAGCAGCCAAUUUUGGGGGAUUUGGCUUAGCACAACCCUCAUCAGCUAAUUUAUUUCAACCACAAUCAGCAUUUGGUUCUUUUCAUUUACCACAACCACAGCUUAUACAACCUCAGCCACUUUUAGGAAAUUUUGCAACGCAAAUUCCACAAAAUGCAUUACCAUAUAAUCUUAAUAUGCAAAAUCCAAUUCCUUUUGGUUUUAAUACCCCCACCACCACUCUUUCACUAUUUGAUAGUCUUAAUAUAACUUCAUCCAUUUCACCAUUAUUUGUUUUACCAUCUCCCACUUCAAAAUUUGCCUUCUUAAAUAAUCUAAUUACAUCAUCUGGUUUAAGCAUUAUAGGAACAACACCAACUACAUUACAGACCAAUAACAAUACAAUAAAUUUUUUUGAAACGAAAAAAGAGUUAAGAGAAGGGUCAACAUUAACAACAAUGAUAACAAAUAAUGAUAAUAAAAAAUUUGAUCCAAGGAUCGCAUCAUUUGAUGGAUUAAUGACAUUUUUAAAAUUUCAAUCAUUUGAUGGAAUAUUUAGACCAACAUUACAAUUUUAUUCAUUUUUUAAUGAAAAUAAUCCUAUGAAAGAUAAACCUUCAGAAUAUGAUGAUGAAUCAUGGUGUACGAGUGUGUCAAUAGCUUAUUUGGAAAUUGUCAUAUGGAAAGAUUUUAAGCAAGAAUGCGAAAUGUGUUUUGAAAAAGCAAAUAGAGCUUUAAAAAAGUUGAUGAAAAGUGAUAACAUAAAAGAAAUUUUAGAUAAAGCUAAAGAUUGGAUUAACAAAUGGUCGAUUAAAAAAGAAUAA